UUAAGAGCACGAGCUGCGUUCUGCUAAUUUUUUUUCCUACCGACUCUACUUGACGCAGCUGAGGCAGUGAGCGAGGGAACUCUCCGCCAGCAUCCUGCACCAUGGAGGUGGUCUCAGCACAAAAGCCACGGACAUCAUAUAUAUUAGGAGCAAGCCCAUUUCCCAUUUUAAUUUGCAUUUUAAGCCAAGGUUAUCGGAUAAGAGCGGAUGACGGCGGCAUGGAGGAACUUGCCACGGAGAAAGAGGCAGAGGAAAGUCACAGGCAGGACAGCGUGAAUUUACUGACAUUCAUUUUGCUUUUGACGCUCACUAUCCUCACAAUAUGGCUCUUCAAACACAGAAGAGUGCGCUUCCUGCACGAAACCGGGCUGGCUAUGAUAUACGGUCUGUUGGUGGGUGUUAUUUUGCGGUAUGGCAUCCCCUCCACAAGCUAUCACAAUAAAACUCCUCCGAGCUGCUCUCUAAAUGAGGGUCCUGUCAGCACUCUUCUCCUCAACGUUAGUGGAAAGUUUUUUGAGUACACGCUCAAGGGGGAGAUCAAUUCGAGAGAGAUCCACAAUGUGGAACAGAACGACAUGCUGCGCAAGUUGACUUUUGACCCAGAGGUGUUCUUCAACAUUCUGCUGCCUCCCAUCAUUUUCAAUGCUGGAUACAGCCUCAAAAAGAGACAUUUCUUCAGAAACCUGGGAUCGAUCAUAACAUAUGCUUUCCUGGGCACUGCUAUUUCAUGUUUUGUUAUUGGAAACCUCAUGUAUGGAGUGGUGAAACUGAUGCAGGUUUUGGGUCAACUCACUGACAAGUUCUACUACACAGACUGCCUCUUUUUUGGUGCCAUCAUAUCUGCCACAGAUCCAGUCACUGUGCUUGCGAUAUUUAACGAGCUCCAUGUUGAUGGCGAUCUCUAUGCACUGCUGUUUGGAGAGAGUGUCAUGAACGACGCAGUCUCUUUUGUCCUCUCAUCGUCAAUUGUGGCGUAUCAGCCUACAGGAGCCAACACGCACACAUUCGAUGCCUCUGCCUUCUUCAAAUCAGUGGGAAUCUUUCUGGGCAUCUUCAGUGGCUCUUUUGCUAUGGGUGCAGUCACUGGAGUAGUCACUGCCCUAGUGACAAAAUUCACCAAGCUGCACUGUUUCCCUCUGCUGGAGACUGCUCUGUUCUUCCUCAUGUCCUGGAGUACCUUUCUACUGGCUGAAGCUUGUGGAUUCACAGGUGUUGUCGCUGUGCUGUUUUGUGGAAUCACACAGGCUCACUAUACUUACAACAAUCUCUCAGAGGAGUCAACCAAACGCACUAAACAGUUGUUUGAGGUGCUGCACUUCCUGGCUGAGAACUUCAUCUUCUCAUACAUGGGACUGGCACUCUUCACCUUCCAGAAUCACGUCUUCAGCCCCAUUUUCAUAAUUGGAGCCUUUAUUGCUAUCUUUAUUGGCCGGGCCUUAAACAUCUACCCUCUUUCCUUCUUCAUCAACCUGGGCCGGAGACACAAAAUUAGUGGAAACUUUCAGCAUAUGAUGAUGUUUGCAGGGCUGCGAGGGGCGAUGGCAUUUGCUCUGGCAAUUCGCGACACUGCCACGUACGCACGUCAGAUGAUGUUCACCACGACUUUGCUCAUCGUGUUCUUCACCGUUUGGGUGUUUGGUGGGGGCACCACACCAAUGCUGUCCUGGCUACAUAUCAGGGUUGGAGAGUCUUCCACAGCAGAGGAGGAGAGGUUGCUUAGACUUGGGAAUUACGUCAGAGUUGGAGUGGACUCUGAUCAGGAUCUUCAGCCAUGUGGAGACAGCUUCCAGGUGCUUCAGGGAGAUGGGUGCCAAUCAGAGGGCCAGAGCAAGACCAAGCAGGAGAGUGCCUGGCUUUUCAGACUCUGGUACACUUUUGACCACAAUUACCUGAAACCUAUCCUGACACACAGCGGCCCUCCUCUUACUUCCACCCUGCCGGCCUGCUGUGGUCCGCUGGCUCGUUGUUUGACCAGCCCCCAGGCCUAUGAGAACCACGAGCCGCUGCGAGACAAUGACUCCGACCUCAUCCUGAACGAAGGUGACCUGACGCUCACGUAUGGCGACACGGCCAUCACGGCCAACGGUGCCUCGUCUUCCUCCGGCCCUGAGGGAUCGGCAGGAAACUGGGGCAUUAACGGCAAAUGGAGAGACAGCACGUCGGAGGACGCUCUGGAGAGAGAACUGGACACACGGGAACAUGAGCUCUUGAGCCGUGGCACGCGUCUUGUUUUCCCCAUCGAGGACCAUGCUUGACUCCGCCCCUUCACACACGACUCAUUAAAGACCUCAAAUUUUAAACCACACCUCCUUGUGCUCCAUACCUCCACUCUUCUUGCACAUAACCCCAUCUGACCACCCUGGACCCCUCCAAAGAUCUCAUGCCGGGGUCAUAAAAUGUGAAUGAAAGAAGAUGGAGAGAAGGAGGGGUUCAAGCUCUUGGAUGAAGAGUUUUUCUUUCUUAUCUGUUUUCUCGGUGACAUUUGAGAUGCCAGGGCAGUCUGAUCUCCCGACAGAAGGACUUGAGACUUGUAAGCAUUGACUGUGAUGUAAUGUGACCUACAGGAAAAUACAGCUCUCCUGUUCAGACUGAAUAUUGAACAGCUUUGGGCAUUAAAUGGCCUAAGUGCUGUCAAAUAUUGAUUAUUGAUAUUGAUUUAUGGUAAAUGGAUUGAAACUGAACGGUCAAAGUACCGAACGGGUCAUUCUUUAUGUUGGCAAUGCUGCUUCAGCAUUGAAAACAUGGAAGAAGCUGGAAAUAUGACUGACAAACACACUCACAAAGCUGUUUUUUUUUUUUUAGGGAAAGUCACUCUUCAGAUGUAUAAAUACUGAACCGGCCUGCCAGUACUACAUCAGACCUUGCUCAAUCAUUUGCAUUUAAAUGAUCAUCUUUCCCAUCAGGCAAAUGAGUGAAUGGCUGAUGGUGUUUGUAACACACUAGGCCAGACAUGAAAGUCCACAAACACAAAAACAACAUUGUUCGACAUGAAUGCGUACUAAAACCGUGUAAAACUCCAAACUAGUGAGUUUCAGUUAAACAUUUCUCCUGCAACAUUUCAGCUGUGCGAACGCCGCUUUCGUUGACGGGUCAGGUUGAAGAGCAGCUACGCUCCUGACAUCAAAUUGGAGUUAUUGGCUCCUGGCCAGUCGUUGUAAAUGUGAAUCUGUAGGUCUAGACAGCUAUGUGAGUUUUAUUUACUGCGGGAUACAACCUGAGUGUAUGACCCAUGCACUUUAGCAGCAGUUGAGCUGCUGUCCUUACAUGCAUGUAUUGCAUUUGGAAGGAGUGUUACUUAUUCUAUUAGCUUACCUUCGCAUCCACAAGAAGUGAUGUGGAAUUUUGUAAUUGUCAAACCCCAUGUCUGCAUCAAAUGUUUGUGGUGUUCCCUUCACGUCCCCACACAAUAUAUAUAAUGUUCAUGAAGGCGGAUCUUUGCAUUAUGUAUGAGUUGCCACUGAACGGCAGCCGAUGACUAUGCAAUUGUGGAAACUGGAAUCCAUUGCAUGAGAUUGACAAAGCAUUGGGCCGUUUCUCAGUCAUUACAGUAAAUGGAUGGCUCCAUUCCAUUUACUGCCAACCUGCACUCCUACCAUUCUAUGCGAAUUAUAUUCCCAAUGCGUCUAGAGAAGAAUUAUCUUGUGAAUAAUGAAUGCAAGUCUAAAGUACAAGUGUUUGUUCCCCCCCCCCCCCCAAGUUAAUGACUAUCUUUGCCUCUUAUCUGUACUUGUAAAAGUUUGAAAAGUCAUCCUUCAUUCUGAUAUAUCCAACUUCACAAACUUACCUUGCACUCUCUCUGUGAAAUAACUGUGAUUAGUAGUUCAGUCUGCUCGUCUCUGGCUGCCGUUCGCUUUUAACAGGGCUGUUUAGUGAGGAAACGCAUCAUCAGACAACUUUAAAAGACUCAAGUUUCACACCUCAGAAUAUUUGUUUCCAAGCGUGAAUGAAAAUGGAGGUUUGCAAUAUGGAGUUUCUGCUAGCAGAUGACAUGAUGUAUUGAAAUUGUGGCAAUCGCAGGGAAGGCUCAUCCAAAAAAUGACGUUUCUGUCAUUUACUCACCCUCAUGUUGUUCCAAACCCAUAAGAACACUGAAGGAAAUGUUAGGCAGAAUGACCGUCUCAAUCACCAAGCACUUUCAUCGUAUGGCAAAAAGAUGUAAUAAAAGGAAAUGGUGAUUGAGACUAACAUGCUGCCUAUCAUCAUCUUUUGUGUUCCACAGUAAAAAAGAAAGUGAUAUGGUUUGGAGCAAAAUGAGGGUGAGUAAAUGAUUAUAGAUUUUUUGUUUUUGCAUGAACUAUUCUGUUUAACUACCUGUAGCAAAAGAUUGAAUUAACCUGGGCUGUAUGGAGUCACUCUUCCCUUAAAGUUUAUGACUCUCACAUGUCUGAUAGCUUUUUUUUCCUCACCAUACAAUGGUGGAUUUGUAUGUAUAUUAUACAGGCUAUGUAAAACUUCUCUGUAGCAUAAUUAUUUUUCACUUGCUAUUCUGCAUGUCAGUGUCUGCCAUAUAACCAAAAAAAAAUCUGUCUGUGAGGUAUUGAAUUACCAAAAUGCUGUAUUUUUCCCUUAGAAUCCUCAUUUUUGUCAUCACUGUUACAUAAGAGGCACUCAGUCUGUCAAAGACUGUGGUAUGCAUUGUAGUUCGACAAAUUGUACAUUUAUAAAAAUAGCUAAUGUAUCAAAGUGGUCUGCCGUAGCAAUAUGCAAAGCUAUUUGAUGGUUUUUUUUUUUUUUUUUUUUGUAUGUCAUUAAAUAAGAAAA